AUGUUGUUAAACACUAGCAGAGGAUUAAAAUCCAAUGCCUCCCAGACUGGCCCUCGGUCUGUUGGAUUGCGAAGAGAAGACAAGAGUAGAUGGGAGAGAAGAGCUGCCUUAACACCAGCUACAGUCGAGCAAUUGAUUUGCGAUACUGGCAGUCGUAUUUAUGUCCAACCGAGCACUAAGCGCAUCUUUUCAGAUGAAGCAUACAGAAAAGCAGGCGCUACAAUCACGGAGGAUAUUUCUGAGGCAGAUAUUAUUCUCGGAAUAAAAGAGGUUCCUGAAGAAGCUCUGAUUGCAAACAAGACCUACCUAUUCUUUUCUCAUUCACAUAAGGGAAAUCAAAAAAAUAUGUCAAUGUUGAAGAACAUCCUCGAAAAGGACAUUCGAUUGAUUGACUAUGAACUCAUGAAAGAUUCGUCUGGUAAAAGAUUAGUAGCCUUUGGACAGUUUGCCGGAAAUGCUGGUAUGGUUGACAGCCUACACGGUAUGGGCCACAGAUUUUUAGGAAUGGGCUAUAGUACACCUUUUAUGUAUCUGGCAAUGGCACACGGAUAUAAGUCUCUUCAAGAUGCUAGACAGGCUGUUGGAGCAAUGGGAGCAAUGAUUGAAGAGCAAGGAACACCCAAAGACUUUGGGCCUCUUGUUUUUGGAUUUACAGGGGCAGGAAAUGUAGCGCAUGGCGCAUUGGAUGUUUUCAGGGAGCUUCCGCACGAGUUUGUUGCAGCUGAAGAUCUUCCGCUACUAGUUAAAGAUAAAAAUCCAAAUUUAAACAAGCUUUAUGCGACCCAUUUAGCUAUACCAGACUACAUCCAACACAGAGACGGAAGCCCCUGUACAGAUCCCAAUGACUAUCUUUCCAAUCCUAGUGGCUAUCAGUCAGUUUUUCAUCAGAAAGUUGCCCCAUUUGUUAACACGGUUGUUACGGGUGGCUAUUGGGAUGACCGCUAUCCGCGACUGUUGACCAACUCACAACUCAAAGAAUUACAAAUUCAGCAACAAUUGGGACAUAUUCCAAGAGGUAAGAUGAUGACACUAGCUGACAUUGUAUGCGACGUAAAGGGAGCGUUUGAGUCAUUGUCUCAUAGUACAAACAUCGACAAUGGGUUCUUCUAUUAUGAUGCUAUCAACAAUAUCGAACAUGAAAAUGCCGAGGAAGCGGGUAUGCAAAUAAUGGGAGUCGAUAUCCUUCCGGCAGAGUUGCCUAUCGAAAGUAGCCAGCAUUUCAGUAACGUCCUGUAUCCUCAUUUGAAAGAGCUCGUAAGUGAUAGUGUAACUUCAAAUGCGAUAAAACUUUCCGAACUUUCAGCUACUUUGGCUAAUGCAACUAUUGCUGACAAAGGAAAGCUCACUAAGGAAUACAAAGGGCUCGAGGGCAAAUUGCCUUUACAAAGCAAGAGCUUCCAAGCAUCAUCAGCUAAUAAUUCUGGACCUGCUCAACUCAAGACAGUACUACUGUUGGGUUCCGGUAUGGUAGCAGGGCCACUUGUGGAGCAUUUAUUGAAACGCCCAGAUGUUCGUGUUGUGGUCGCCAGUAACAUGGCAAAUGAGGCCAAAGCCUUGGUAGCAAAUCACGAUCGAGCUGAGUCUGUUGGCUUGGAUAUUUCCAAUGGCUCUCAGCUUUCAGGCUUGGUUUCAAAGGCUGAUGUGGUGGUCAGCUUUGUUCCUGCUUUCCUACACCCAAAAGUAGCCAAGGUAUGCAUUCAAGAGAGAAAACAUAUGGUGACUGCCAGCUAUGUAUCUGAAGAAAUGCAAGAACUCGAUGAUUUAGCAAAAAAAGCCGGGGUAUUGAUUAUGAAUGAAGUCGGGCUGGAUCCUGGAAUUGAUCAUAUGUCAGCUAUGAAGAUUAUUGAUGAAUCCAAGAGACGUGGCUCCAAGAUACGGUCUUUUAUCUCUUGGUGUGGAGGACUACCCGCUCCAGAGGCUUCGAAUGUGCCACUAGGAUACAAGUUCAGUUGGUCACCAAGAGGUGUAUUGACUGCUAGUGGAAACACAGCCACCUAUUGGACAGGCGGAAAGAGAUUUACUAUCCCUGGUGAAUCGUUGCUAAGACAGCAUUUCCCUGCUGUUCGCACAUCAUACAAAGGAUUUGUUUUCGAGGGCCUAGCCAACCGUGACUCCUUGAGUUAUGUAGAUACUUAUGGUUUGGGUGAUCUAUCAGAUAUGGAUACUAUGUUCCGAGGAACACUUCGUUACCAAGGAUAUUCUGAUGUUCUUUAUGGAUUCAAGAAACUCGGAUUUUUGGACCAAACAAGCCAGUUGUCUAAAUGCACUAGCUGGGUAUAUAUAUUAAAGAAGGGGGAGAAUACUCAAGAUAGAACGGAUGCCAUGGUUUUAAAGCUUGGUCUUCCCAAAGAUCAUCCUAUGGUAGAAAAGGUUUUGGAUGCCAUGCAGGCUCUCUCCUCGCCUCAAAUGAACCAAGUCCAGUUCCCUCAGAAUGUGAGUCCACUGGAUGCCUUUUCUGUUCUUUUGGCCCACCAGUUACAGUAUCUUCCCGGAGAACGCGACAUGGUUGCGAUGCAUCAUGAAUUUGGAAUAGAACACUCAUCAGGAAAAAAGGAAACUGUGACGUCCACGCUGAUUCAUUAUGGUAAUGAUCAUCAUACUGCUAUGGCAAAAACAGUUGGACUGCCUGCUGCGAUGACCACUGAGCUUGUUCUGGAUAAUAAGAUUCCCGAACGCGGUAUCCUGCGUCCUACAUCUUCACAUGUGUAUCUUCCAGUCCUAGAUCAAUUGGAACAUGUAGGAGUGCAGUUUGUUGAAAGCGUUCAGGCGUCACAUCCUAUUCGUCUUGAUGGAACUGGAAGCGGUGCAUGGGAUUAA